AUACGUCUCCCGAGGUUGAGAGUGGUGAAAAUGAAGAAUAUGAGGAUGAAGAUAAUGUUAUCGAUUUAAGACGUUCUUGUUCAAAGACUAUUGAUCAAGCAAAGGAACUACAAUCUGAAGAGGAAAUUUUAGAUGCAUCUACCUUAAGCACUAUACAGUAUAUGAUUUAUUUUGCGGUCAUUGAGUUGCAGUUAUCAGCUCUAUAUGGUCAAAUAAUUGGUGUUGACUUAUUAGAUAAUGGAUUGUAUUUCGGUUUUGAAGGGCACUGUUAA